AUAUUAAGGACACAGAAAGAAAAGAAAAGAACAAAACAAAUAGUCUUCCGAUAAUCUAAGAUUCUAAUGAUUCUACUGCGAAUUGACCUCUGGAAGUCUCGACAAGAACGAGACAAGCACCAUUUGAAGGAUCCAUUAUCCAUUAUCCAUUAUCGCACCCCGCAGUGCACAGCCCUUCUGCAAAACUGCUGUUCGGUCAGGUAUGACGGUGUUGAUACCCAAAAACAUGACUAGGUCACGGGGUUCGGCUUUGACCCUGCUGGGCAGGUGGGAAGACGCCAAGCUCCUCCCUGACUUCGUCAUCGAUUCGUGACAGCUCCCCAGAGCUCAACCUCAUCUACACAUCGCCGAGUACCCCACCCCUGCCAACUCUCCUCCCCACCCUUCCGCGAACCUCAUUGCUCAAUUACAUGAAAAGAGAAGAGCCAUGGUAUUACAAGGCGUAGGAAACACGGCCUCGGACGGCUUCAGCGACAGUCCGGCCCCCAGCGAUACCGACCCAUAUGCAUCCUCCUCCUCCUCCCCGUCCACCUCUUCCAGCUCCGCACGACGUUUCGACGACAGCCAAUUGCGGAAACCCGCACCCAUAAUAGGAACCCUCAUGGGCUACAAUGCACACUCCUCUCGCCGCGCAGCCGAGCAGCUCAUCUGGUUCGUGGAACAAAAAGUCCGCCGACCUCUCACGCCCGAGGAGGCCCAGGCCUUCGCCUCGCACUCGUACGACGCCUCGAUGGUCAAGUACCGAUUCGCGCUGUUCGGAACCGCAGUCGGGGCGUGGAAAUUCUACAAGACGACGCCGCAGAACCGAUUCCCCUUCGUCACUCUAGACGAACAGCGGGUGGAACGCGUCCUGUCCAGUUUUCUCCGCGGCGUCAGCCCCCAACAGCUCCGACGUACCGCGUACGGUUUCCGCCUCAUGACUUGGUUGUGCGUAGGCAACCUCAUCGCCCGCGGGGUGGGCUUCGUCGUGGCUCAACCCAUUGUUGCCAGGAACGCUGCGCAAGAUCCACGACUGGCCCGGUUCGGCGUGGAUCUGGUGGCUGCACAGGGCGGUCGUGCCCCCGGACGCCCGGUACAGAGGAACCCGGAUGGAACGCCGGUAUUGCCGCCUCAUGCUGGUGCGCCUCGGUGGCCGGCGCCCAGGAGAGCUCCAGCCCCAACCCCAGCAGCCACAUCCGAUGAUGGCAUGUCCCCAAGUACCAGCGGGGACGAUUGGUCCUCCUCCGGGUAUGGGAAUGAUUCCACUCUGGAACAACAACAACAACCACGGCCACGGCCACCUAUCCGCAGUCCUCAGCCGCUACGUCCGCAAUCUAGACAACAACAAGAAGAAGACGACAUGUCCCCCACAGGCGGCCUCUUCGAGGAAGAAGUCCAAUCGCAAGCUCGACCCGGCGAAUCUACCUGGGACCGUCUUCGCCGCGGCGAGUCCUCUGCGCCUGGCCAGCGCCCUCCCCCUUCCAGACGUCCAGAGGUACCGAGACGUGGUCCUGUGCCUCAGAGCGGAGAAGGGGGUUUAGGGGAUAGUUUCACGUUUGCGGAGUCGGAGGAGGAGCGAAGGAGGGCGCAGGAGCAGGCGCAGAGGGAGUUUGAUGCGAGGAUCGAGAGGGAGAGGCAGGGGAGGGAUUUUGGCGGCGAGGAGAGGAGGUGGUAGCGUCAUUGGCGUCUUGGGGCUUGGAUGGUGGGUGGGUAUGCGCUUGGAUAGGUUGAGCGGGUUGGGCAUCGUAGCUGAGGGCUUUGUAUGAUAUCCACGAAGACGUAACAGUAGGAUUAACCGCUGCAUCAGGUAAAUGGUAAACAUGGGCAAGCCACUUCGACAUCUUGGAGAAGAAGACGGGGCCCUGGCUCGCAUACCUGUUCGUUCCCUGCAUAGUUCCAACGUACUACUGAACUCCCAAAGGAACAAAGAACCAUCCAUCCCCUUCCCAUUCCCCGUACAA